UGAUGGAGGGGCAGAUCCUGAGGGGACCUGAGCUCCGCCCGGCGGGGCUUCCCGCCCAGCAGGACUGCAGCAUUCAAGAAAAAAUAGAUUUAGAAAUUCGAAUACGAGAAGGGGUAUGGAAACUCCUUUCUCUGAGCACUCAGAAAGACCAGAUUUUGCAUGCAGUUAAGAAUCUCAUGGUGUGCAAUGCUCGAAUAAUGGCUUACACAUUGGAGCUGCAGAAAUUAGAAGAGCAGAUUGCAAAUCAAACUGGAAGAUGUGAUGUGAAUUUUGAAAGUAAAGCACGAACAGCAUGUAAGGGAAAGAUUGCCAUAUCAGAUAUUCGUAUACCACUAAUGUGGAAAGACUCUGAUCACUUCAGCAAUAAAGAACGAUCACAGCACUAUGCCAUUUUUUGUUUAUUCAAAAUGGGAGCUGAAGUUUUUGAUACUGACAUGGUGAUUGUGGAUAAAACAAUCACAGAUAUAUGUUUUGAAAAUGUGACCAUAUUUAAUGAAGCAGGGCCAGACUUUCAGAUAAAGGUGGAAGUAUAUAGUUGCUGUACAGAAGACUCUUCUAUAACCAACACACCAAAAAAAUUAGCUAAGAAACUGAAGACCUCUAUAAGCAAAGCUACAGGGAAGAAAAUAAGUUCAGUGCUUCAAGAAGAUCAUGAAAUGUGCUUGUCCUUCAGUUCUGCUAUUUAUGGUGCAAAGUACAGUUUGCUAGCUCAUACUACACUGAGCUUGGAAAGUGCUGAGAAUAGCUUCAAGACCCAUAAUCUGUCUAUUAAUGGGGAUGAAGAGUCUUCGUUUUGGCUUCCCUUAUAUGGUAACAUGUGCUGCCGAUUAGUCGCCCAACCAGCUUGUAUGGCUGAGGAUGCGUUUGCAGGAUUUCUUAAUCAGCAGCAAAUGGUAGAAGGUCUGAUUAGUUGGAGAAGGUUGUAUUGUGUUUUAAGAGGGUGUAAACUCUAUUGUUUUUACACUCCAGAAGAAAUCGAAGGUAAAGUGGAACCAGCUUUGGUAGUGUCCAUUAACAAGGAAACCAGAAUUCGGGCAAUGGAUAAGGAUAAAAAGAAAAGAAUCCAUAAUUUCUCUGUCAUCAACCCUGUUGCUGGACAAGCUACAACUCAUAUUUUUGCGGCUGACAACAGAGAAGAUCUUCAGAAGUGGAUGGAAGCCUUCUGGCAGCAUCUCUUUGAUCUUAGCCAAUGGAAGCAUUGUUGUGAAGAACUUAUGAAAAUUGAGAGUAUGUCACCACGGAAACCACCUUUGUUCUUGACAAAAGAGGCAACCUCAGUCUACCAUGAUAUGAGCAUUGAUUCACCUAUAAAACUUGAAAGUUUAACUGAUAUAAUACAAAAAAAAAUUGAACAGACAAAUGGAGAGUUCCUUAUUGGUCAGCAUGAAGAAUCCUCACCACCUCCUUGGGCCACACUCUUUGAUGGUAAUCACCAAGUUGUCAUCAAGAAAAAGGUAUUAUCUCCUGCAAGCAAGCAGUUACAUGAUGGGAAAGGGAAAAAGAGACGAGCUCCCCUUCCUCCUUCUGGUAAAGCUGCAUUCAGCUUAAAAACACAGAGCAACACGGAUCAAUUGGUUAAGGACAACUGGGAAAAAACAAGUGUAUCUCAGACCUCGCCUUUGGAUACCAAAUUAUCAACCCUAAUGCAUCACUUACAGAAACCAAUGGCUGCUCCUCGAAAACUUCUUCCUGCCAGGAAAAGUAGUUUAACUGAUGGUGAGCACACAGACACUAAAACCAAUUUUGAAGCCAAGCCAGUGCCAGCUCCACGGCAGAAAUCUAUCAAAGACAUUUUGGACCCUAGAUCAUGGUUGCAGGCACACGUGUAGAAAACCCUUAAUGUCUAAGACAUUUAACAAAAUCUGUAACUGUGAGGCUUAAUUCAGAAGCACUA